AUGGCUGCUCCGUCAGGCAAACGCGAGGGCGUCGACCUCGAGAAUGUGGCGACCGUCGAGCUUCUCGAAGAACUGAAGAGACGCUAUGCAUGCUUGGCGAAGCCCGAAGGCCGCUACAUCUUCAUUGGGGCUCCUGGGUCUGGGAAGGGCACACAGAGCAUGAAACUGAAAAAGAGUCAUUGCCUAUGCCACCUCAGCACCGGCGAUAUGCUUCGUCACGCUGUCGCCACAGGAACCGAAUAUGGCAAGCAGGCAAAGGCAAAAUUGGACGCUGGUGAGCUCGUCAGUGACGAUAUAGUUCUUGGUUUGAUCGACGAGAAGCUGAAGACGCCUGAGUGUCGCCGAGGGUUCAUUCUCGAUGGCUUCCCCCGGAAUACCUCCCAAGCCACAGGACUGGACAAUCUGCUGAAGCAGAAAAACCAGAAGCUGGAUGGCGUCCUCUAUUUCGACGUGCCCGACAAUGUCCUCGUCGAGCGCGUCUCAGGCCGGCGAAUCCACUUGCCCUCGGGGCGCGUCUACCACGUCAGCUACCAUCCCCCCAAGGUUGCUGGCCUUGACGACGUUACUGGAGAGCCUCUUCACCACCGGAAAGACGACAAUGAGGUAACUCUGAAGAAGCGUCUGGAUGUAUUCCACAAGGAGACGGUUCCCGUGAUCGAGCACUACGCGAAGAUGGGUCUGUUGUACAAGAUGGACGCCGCUAAGGACUCGACUGCAGUCACCAAGGAAAUGUACGACUUUGUUAGCAAGCACCAUAAAUCGUUUUUCGGCUAA